AGUAGUAGUAGUAGUAGCAGUAGUAGUAGUAGUAUUAGUAGUAGUGAUGAUGGUAGUAGUAGUAGUAGUAGUAGUAUUAGUAGUAGUGAUGAUGGUAGUAGUAGUAGUAGUAGUAGUAUUAGUAGUAGUGAUGAUGGUAGUAGUAGUAGUAGUAGUAGUGAUGAUGGCAGUAGUAGUAGUAGUGAUGGCAGUAGUAGUAGUAGUGAUGAUGGUAGUAGUGAUAGUAGUAGUGAUGAUGGCAGUAGUAGUAGUAGUAGUGAUGAUGGCAGUAGUAGUAGUAGUAGUAGUAGUAGUAGUGAUGAUGGCAGUAGUAGUAAUAGUAGUAGUGAUGAUGGUAGUAGUGAUAGUAGUAAUGAUGAUGGUAGUAGUAGUAGUAGUAGUGAUGAUGGCAGUAGUAGUAGUAGUAGUAGUAGUAGUAGUAGUAGUGAUGAUGGUAGUAGUAGUAGUGAUGAUGGUAGUAGUAAUGAUGAUGAUGGUAGUAGUAGUAGUAGUAGUAGUAGUAGUAGUGAUAAUGGUAGUAGUAGUGAUGAUGGCAGUAGUAGUAGUAGUGAUAAUGGUAGUAGUAGUGAUGAUCGUAGUAGUAGUAGUAGUAGUAGUGAUAAUGGUAGUAGUAGUAAUGAUGAUGGUAGU